AUAAAUAUAAGUGCACUGAAGAUUUUGAUAUCUCUUCAUAAAAGUGAGUUGAAAUGAUUCUGGCUACAGGAUUUUUAAUACUCUUGUCUGUAUGUAACUUAUCGGGUGCUGCAGACUGGUGGUUGCGUCAAGGAAAAUAUGUCGACUUAUCUCCAACUAUCCCACGUAUAAUUGGUGGAGAGGAAGCUGUUCCCCAUGAAUAUCCAUUUCAAGUCGGCCUAUUGAUAAAUGGUAACUCAUUUUGUGGAGGGUCACUGGUGUCAAAUAACUAUGUAUUGACUGCAGCUCAUUGUGCAACAGUUAUCUCGACUGUAGAAAUCAUAUUAGGUGCACACAAUCUUACUGCCGAUGAAGACACACAACUUCGUCUGACAGCAUCAGAAAUUCACGUCCACGAACAAUACAACAGAACCGACUACCAGAACGAUAUAGCAAUACUCAGAUUGUCUGAAACAGUCACACUUAACGAUUACAUCCAAACGAUUAAAUUACCAUCCAGAAGUGAAGUUAACAACACUUAUGAAAAUACAGUUGUAACAAGUACUGGAUGGGGCCUCACGGCAGAUUUGGACCACCCCGAAAGUUUAAAAGAUAUUUCGCCGGUUUUAAAAUAUGUUAACGUUGCAAUUCAGCCACUUGUAAAUUGUGGAGAUUAUUAUAAUAGAAAUAUUUAUGACAUAGCGUAUGUAACGGAAUUGAACCUAUGCACUAGCGGUUAUAAAAACAAAGGUACCUGUCGAGGAGAUUCUGGGGGACCGCUGAUACACAAUGGUAUCCAAAUUGGUUUGGUGUCUAUUGGUACAACUCUAUGUGAAUUAUGUUCUCCCUCAAUUUUCACGAACGUGGCGAAACAUUUGGAUUGGAUUGAAGCAAAUUCUGAUGUUGUCACAUAGUAGCUUCUAAUAAAUUUAUACUUUGCUACUA